AUGGAGCCUGUGUUACAGACUCUGGAGCUGCUGGGUGUGUUUUUCUUGCUGACCGCCUGCUUGUGUUCGCUGGUCACCCUCAUGAUGCCACAAUGGCUCACACUUUCCACCGAGCUCCUGCCCACUGAGAGCUUCCAGCUGGGAUUGUGGGAAACCUGCGUGGUUCAGGAUCUGGGGAUGACCGAGUGCAUGCCAUACAACACUCUUCUAGGUCUCCCACCGGACAUCCGGCUGGCACGAAUCCUGAUGUGCACCACUGUGGCGACGGGUUUGAUCGGCGGGUUAUUCGCCAUCCCAGGCAUCAACCUGGUGAACAGCUGCAGAUGCACGGAGAGCUUCAAAGCCAGAAGGAACUUGAAGAUGCUCGGCGGGAUCUUCUGCAUCGUCGCAGGUGUCCUCGGUCUCGUGCCGGUCUCGUAUGUGGCACAUCUGACGGUUCUCCGGUUCUUCGACCAAAGCGUGCCAAGCGUGGUUCCUCGGUGGGAGUUCGGCGAUGCGCUUUUCCUUGGAUGGACGGCUGGGGUUUUGCAUUUGGUGGCUGGUUUCUUGUUGGUCACUUCUUGUUUGUUUAUGCAAGACGAAACGUGUUCGCUAGACCAAUCCUUAGCACUACAUAGAGCUCAGAUGAUGCAUCCACAACAGUCUCCACACGGGAGAACAGAAUAUGUGUGAGAUUUUUUAAAAAUGCACUUAUCGGUUGCGUUUUGCACUGAAAUUAUCAUAUAUAUUCAAAGAUUGUAAAUAGAAUGCUGCUGUUUUUCGUUGUCGGGAAGAUUAGACUUCAUAUUUUUUUGAUUGCAAAUCAUUUUGUGAAUCACUUUAUAAGCUCAAACCCAAAUCUGCAUGUGAAUGUGAUUCUAAUGAAACCACACAGUUUGGUAAUCGUGGAAAUAAAUGAAGCAAACUUUCAGAGAAAGUGCAACUUAGGUUUUCAUGACAACUUAUGAGAGGCAUUUUAAUGCUAAUUAUCCAAAUGAUAUUGGAAAACUAGAUGCAAGUGUUUUUAUGUUUUAAAGAGAGUGAUUGAAUGACAGGAAGAUGAUAUUGUGUUCUCUGAAAUGUCAAAAUACUAAAAAUGAUGAUCAGUCAAUAAAUCAGCUGAA